AUGAGCGCGAUUACUCGCAUGACUCCGCUGGACCUCUUGUCCUUGAACUUGACAAACCUCGACCCGUUGACAGAGAACUACGAUCUCGGCUUUUACCUCAACUACCUUACAAAGUGGCCGUCGCUAUUUAGCGCGGUGAAAGAUCGCGAUGCCGGCGUUGUUGGCUACAUCAUGGGCAAACUCGAGAAGCAACCCGAUUCCAUGCUACAGUCCGAGCACUACACUCCGUGGCACGGCCACAUCACAGUGUUGACCGUUGCGCCAGCCUGGCGCCGACUAGGCUAUGCGAGCCGGUUGACCGAGCAGUUGGAGAGUGGCUCCGACAUCAACAAUGCCUGGUUUGUGGACUUAUAUGUUCGCGCAGGUAAUAAAGUGGCCAUAGAUAUGUACAAAGGAAUGGGGUACUCGGUAUUCCGACGAGUCCUUAAUUACUACAGCGAUGAUCCAAGCGGCAUGUCGGAUACUGGAGAGGAUGCCUUCGACAUGCGUAAGCCAUGCAGUCGGGACAAAAAAUUGGAACAUGUGCGCGACAAUGGUCAAGAUUUCCAUGUCUACCCCGAAGAUGUUUCAUAA